AUGAGCGAUAGUCCUCGUAUCAACAAUCGCUACAAGCGAAAGAAGGGUGAGGGCAACGGAGUCAUGCAGAACCCAGAGGCUUCCGACCGCUUCAUCCACAAGAGUAUUGAGAAUGACGACGAUGACUUCGUUAUGGUCAAGGAUUCUGUCAAUAGUGCUGUUGAUAACGACACUGGCGACGAUGCUCCUGCUCCAAAGAAGAAGCGCACCCGCAACAUCACCAAGGAUCAGCCUCGUGAGACUCCAUGUAUAGGAUGCAUUUUUAGAAUGGCCGAAAGAGGACCUGACUUUGUGUGUUUCACUCAAACUUCCAAGCUCGCCUCCGUCUGCUACGAUUGCGCCUGUGUUGGCCGUAGAUGCGAACAGCCCGUUGGUCAAGCUGUUAAACUGGGCCAGGAGCUCCAGAACUUGGCCCUCCACAUCGCUGACAGCCAAAGCGCCAAUGAAAGUGCUACAAAGGUCUUGUGGUCUAAAAGGGCCGAGGAGGCUAAAUUAUCUAUCAUCGCGAUCCGGAUGAUGCGUCGUACUGCUCCUGAUGAAAGAUUGCAGAGCGCUUCUGAGGAGCCCAAGCCUGCUCCUGCUAGCAAUGCACCUCCCACCGAGAGCAUGCAUAUCUUUUCAAACGGUUCUACGCAUCCUAUCAAGUCUGAGCAGCACUAUAUGGCUCCUCCCCAAGGCAUGUCCGUUCCCGGAAGCUUUGCUGCUCCUCAACAUCACUCGGCCGUCCAGAACCCCCCGAUCUUCCAGAGCAUCCCAACAGACGGCUUCAUGAAUCCCCAGGGUAUUUCUCACCAUGGCCUUCGACCUUUUGACAACCAGCCUCAGUGUUCGAUCACCCGCCUCGAGUUGACCAUGAACCGAGUUGCCGAAAGUCUCGAAACAAACAACAGACUCCUCCGACAACUCGUGGCACAAGGCGCCCAGAACACCAACGCUCUCGUCAAUUUCAACCGCGAAAACGGUAUUCGUCUUGACGGAACCAACAGACUUGUCCGCCGGGUUGUUGGUGAGAUCGGUGCCUUCAGAGAGGGAACUGAGGCCGAUCUCCCCCUUUUUGAGUGA